CAUUGACACUAGUAGGUACGUCAACAGUCUUACGCAUCGUUACCAACUGGACAACAAAGGGUGUACGCAAAAUGAGUGUCAAAACAACAGCUUAUGGAUCAUGGACAUCGCCAAUCACCAGCAAAAUUGUCACUGACAGUAGUGUUCUGCUACAGGAGGUUAGGACAGACGCAAAAUGCCCAAAUGAUGUAUACUGGACGGAGAUGCGAUUUGAUGAGGGUGGGCGCUACGUUAUCUGUAAAAAGACUGUUGGCCAGGGCAAACCAUGUAUAUCACUUACACCAGCGGAAUUUAGUGCUAGGACCCUGGUUCAUGAAUAUGGAGGUGGAGCAUUCUUUGUCAAUAAUGGAAAGGUGUAUUUCUCAAAUUUCAAAGACCAGAGACUUUACAUGCAAAAAUCUGAGGUAGGAGCCAAUCCUGAGCCAAUUACACCAAAAGAUUGUGGCUUGAGGUAUGCGGAUGGGGAGCUUGAUGACAAGACAGGCAAAAUCUUCUGUGUGAGAGAAGAACAUAAAACAGGAGUCAAAGAACCUGUGAAUACUGUGAUAUCUCUUGACCCCUCCAGUCAACAACAGACAGUUUUGGUUCAGGGGUCAGACUUCUAUAGCCAUCCAAGAGUGUCACCUGAUGGAAAAACUCUGGCCUGGAUACAAUGGGAUCAUCCAAACAUGCCAUGGGACACCACUGAAUUGUGGAUUGCUGAUUUGAAUGAGGCUGGUGAUGGGAUCAGUGGUGCAAGACAGGUUGCCGGGGGUGAUAAUUGCAGCGUGAUUGAGCCUGGUUGGACCACAGACAACAAUUUACUGUACAUAAGCGACAAGUCUGAAUGGUGGAACUUAUAUAAGAUGACCUCUGAAGGGGAGCAUAUUAACCUAUUACCACAGGAGAAGGAGACAGGAGGUCCACACUGGGGUUUCAACUGUACAUCAUACAGUGUGAAUCCAUCAGGGAAUGGUCAGGUUGCCAUCAAGAUGGGAGGGGAGCUUGGAAUAUUGGAUCUGAAGACAAAAGUGUACGAUGUGAUUGAUAAAAGGUUUGCUUCUUACCGCUUCAUCAACUUCACAACAAAUGGCGAUAUUUUCUGUUAUGGAGCCAGUUCAACACAUUUUCCCUGUAUUGUCCAUAUACAGUCCAAUGAUAACAAGGUAAAUGUUAUCAAAGAGUCAAAGGUGCUGUCAAUUGACCAGGGAUAUUACAGUACACCAGAGGAGAUAACCUGGCUUACGUCAAAGGGAGACAAAUCAUAUGGUUACUUGUACAUGCCACAGAACAAAGACUUUAUAGGCAUUGAGGAUACCUUACCUCCGCUGCUUGUCAAGGUACAUGGUGGUCCCACCUCACAGUCAAGCAGUAAUUUAGACCUCAAGAUUCAGUACUUUACAAGUCGUGGAUUUGCUGUCCUUGAUGUCAACUACCGCGGGUCUACAGGCUAUGGGCGAACAUACAGAUUGAAACUACACAAAAACUGGGGUGUGUAUGAUGUGGAUGACUGCUGUUCUGGUGCUCAGUUCUUGGCAGUCUCUAAAAAAGUGGAUCCCAAUAAGCUGUGUAUUGAUGGAGGAUCAGCAGGGGGUUACACCACCUUGGCCUGUCUUGCCUUCAAAGACACCUUCAAAGCAGGUGCCAGUCACUAUGGUGUUAGUGACUUGGAGGCUUUGGCACAAGACACACAUAAGUUUGAAAGUAGAUACCUAGACUCACUGAUCGCUCCCUACAGUGGAGAUGGCAUCAACAUCUACAAGGCCCGUUCUCCUAUCAACUUUGUGGAUAACCUUACAUGUGCCAUGGCCUUCUUUCAGGGAGAUGAAGACAAGAUUGUACCUCCUAACCAGGCUCAGAUGAUGUUUGAUGCAGUAAAGAAGAAGAGCCUACCUACCAUGUUUGUCUUAUUUGAAGGAGAACAACAUGGCUUUAGAAAAGCAGAAAAUUUACAGACUGCCCUUGAUGGAGAGCUCUAUUUCUUCUCGAAAGUGUUUGGCUUUGAAGCUGCUGGUAUCACAUGUGAUGAAACCAUUUACAACUUGUGAAGAGGAAUUCUACAAAAUAAACAAGGUUGACUGUUAGAUGUUUCCUAGGAGUUCACUGUUAUUAGAGAUCAAGUAUCAUGGACAGAUUACAAUAAAUUGAAUAACAUAACAAGCGUAUCUAACAGCUAGUCACUCGGAUAUGAGUGACAUACAACAAGUCUUUAUAUCACUUGAUGUUUAUUGCUAGUUUAUAUAUGUAAAUUGUAGAUGACCUCUCCUGUUGAGCAUCUCCUGUGGGAUAUAACUUCUUCUGUAGAAUGUUUCCUAGAGGGAGAUGAUCUCUCCUGAAGAGCCUUUCCUAGAGAGAGGGAAAUGUCCUCUCCUGUAGAGUUUCUAGUAGAGAGAGGGAAAUGUCCUCUCCUGUAGAGUAUCUCCUAGAGAGUGGAAAUGAUCUCUCCUGUAGAGUCUCUCCUAGAGAGUGGAAAUGAUCUCUCCUGUAGAGUCUCUCCUAGAGAGUGGAAAUGAUCUCUCCUGUAGAGUCUCUAGUAGAGAGAGGGAAAUGUCCUCUCCUGUAGAGUCUCUCCUAUAGAGAGGGAAAUGACAUUGAUGAAGGAUGUCUCCUAAAGGUCAAUGAUCUCUAUAGCAGAGACUAGUCUAGAGAGAGGGAGAUGAUCUCUGGUGUAGAGUCUCUCCUAGAGAGAGGGAGAUGAUCUCUCCUUUGGAGUCUCUUCUAGAGAGAAAGAUACCCUCUCCUGUAGAUUCUCUCCUAGAGAGAGGGAAAUUACGUCUCCUCUAGAGUCUUUCCUAGCGAGAGGGAGAUGACCUCGCCUGAAGAGUCUCUCCUAGAGAGAGGGAGAUGAUCUGUCCUGUACCGUCUCUCCUAGAGAGAGGUACAGUUACUCCUAGAGAAAGGAGAUGACCUCUCCUGUAGAAUCUUUCCUAGAGAAAGGAGAUGACCUCUCUUCUACUGUCUCUCCUAGAGAAAGGAGAUGACCUCUCUUCUACUGUCUCUCCUAGAGAAAGGAGAUGACCUCUCUUCUACUGUCUCUCCUAGAGAAAGGAGAUGACCUCUCUUCUACUGUCUCUCCUAGAGAAAGGAGAUGACCUCUCCUGUACAGUCUCUCCUAGAGAAAGGAGAUGACCUCUACUGUAGAAUCUUUCCUAGAGAAAGGAGAUGACCUCUCCUUUACAUUCUCUCCUAGAGAGAGGGAAAUGACCUCUACUGUGGAGAUUCUCAUAGUGGAAAUGAUGUCUCCUGUAGAGUGUCUUCUAGUGAAAGAUGGCAUCUCUAGUAGGGCAUGACUCCUAUAUGGAGAUAUGUUCUCCAGUAGUGUGUUUCCUAGAGGGAGAUGAUCUCUCUUGAAGAGACGGAGAUGUGUUCUCUUGGAGGGUGCUACCCAGGUAAAUAGAGAUGACCUCUCUGAUUGGGUGUCUCCUAGAGGUAGAUGACCUUGAUGCAGCUUCACCUUGGGGAGAUUAUAUCUCCUGUAGAGUUUAUCCUAGAUAGUGAUAGCCUCUCCUGUAGUGUCUUGUAGAGGGAAAGGAUCCUCCAGUGCAUAUUAGAGGAGGAGUGUAGAGCAUGUUUCUUUGGUGGAUAUGUGCUCUCCAGUAGAGCAUUUCCUUGGAGAUGACCUCUCUUGUAGGGUGUUUCCUAGAGGGAGAUGACCCCUCCUGUGGGAGAUGAUCUGCCAUAUAGAUAUCUAUUGGGAGAUGGCAUCUCCUGUAGAGUACCUCUUAAGAUAACCACUUCCAUAGUGUCUCCUAGAAGGAAAUGCUUCCUCCAUAGAGUUUGUAAAGAGGGAGAUAACCAUCCGUGUAGAGUGUCUAUUAGAGGGAGAUGCUUUUCUAGUAGAAUGUAUCAAAUAUUAUAUAUAUAUAAUAAUAUCAAUGAAUGUAAUAGGGCUAUAAUACCAGUUUGCUUAUUGUUUUUUUUCUGGGCCCAUUUCCAUGGGGUUUUAUUUCAAUUUUUCACCAGCAUUUUCACUUAUGUACAUGAAUAUGAGAAAAAAAACCCACUUGCACUGUUGUGAGGUAUACUGCGUAGUUUCCUACAUAUGUAUACAUAGUAAACACUGGAUGAUACUUUCAUGUGCGGACACAUCUGUGCUCUUUGGUCCAUAUUUGAAAGGGUUUUCAUAUCUUGGUUUUCAAUUCUGUUUUAUAUUUAGUAUAUGAUUGUGACUAAUGUUUAUUUAGAUGUGAUAUAACAAACAUAGUCUAAUCAUUUAAUAUCAGCUUAUGGGUUUUUUCAAAGUGAAAUUUUGUGGUGAACAAUUUCAAAUAAAAAUUACUUGAAAAAAUUA